AUGACUUUGGAACCAAAGCACUACGUCUAUAUUGUGCUAUUUGUGGCACUUGCUGUGGCAUAUGUGCUCAAACCACAACGCAAGGUUAAAAAGCCUGUGGUUUCGAACAAAAAUAGAGUACCUGGUACUUGGACACCUGAAUCGUUCAAAACCCCAGUACCACGUCCCUACCCACACUGGGAUGCUCAGAAGACACGUCCACUUCCUUACCGUGCCUUCAAGCACAAGUACAAUAUUACAAUGGGUAUCCGCAAUAUGGAAUGGGACAGUUGGAUUGAGUUGGACAAUGAAUGGAUGAAAUUUCACCAGGAGAAGUUGGAUCGUUUGAAAGAGAAGGGAGACGAAGUUCAUGGAACAUACCCCGAAGCCCGCGAUGCUGCUUUUGAGUUGUUGGAUGAAUUCUGGCUGUAUCUUCCGAAUAGAUACCCCACUCUUUUCAGGCAGCUUGACUCAGGCUUGGAGAAUUUGCUUACAGGCGAGCGCUUUAUAUUCCGCAACUGCAACCGUGAUGAAAUUAAGGAAGACCCAAUGGUGAUGGCAGCAUUGAUGGUGCAAGAUGACUUGGCAAUCAUGGUUGAAGGCAGUGACGGUGUGUACUACUUGAAGGCUGGUGCCAUCAUUUUGCCAGGAUUUUGGCGCUUCAAGGACAAAGUGGGUAUGCCAUUACACGCAAUCCACACUUCUGGUGACGUUCCAAAGUAUCAGGAGAAGCUCCACGGUGGAAUGGCGAAAUUUUUCACUCGUCUUACAUGUGAUAAGCCGGUUAUUAGAAAUAACUAUUUCAUUCAGACCGAUAGUGACUUGGGCUGGUCCUCGUCUAUUGGUGAUGAAAAAUCUGAAGUUGUCGGAUGGUACACGGCAAAGCCAGCUGUAAAGCCGGAGCAGUUGUACUACCGCAGUGAAAGACAAAGUUUGCGGCGGUUGCCUAAGACCGGUGCAGUCGUGUUCACCAUUCGUACUUACUUCGUGCCAAUGGCAGAGCUAGUUGAAGAGCCACAUGUACCCAGAAGACUCCUUAACGCAGUGGAGAGUUGGAGCGACGAUGUUCGCGAGUACCGUGGUUACGAGAAGUUUAAGGAUGUUCUUUUGCCAUACUUGCAAGAAAAAGCCGAGCAGCAAGAGAAGAGAGGAUAUGUUCCCGAAACAGAACCUUCAGUAUAUCCAUUCUAA